UUUCCUCCACCAUUCUCCCCAUUUUCCUCUCUCUCUCUUCUCUAAAAGGAAGAUUCUCUCUCCAUUUCUUCUCCACUAAAUAAAGCUAUCAUUUUUCAUCUCUUUCUCUCUCUACUUUUCUCUCUCAUCGCCAUGACAGGCCUGCAAAGAACCAGAAGCUGCAGCGCCGCCAUUAAAACCACUACCAAAAUCAUCCCAUCUUCCAUCUCCGCCCACCACCUCAGAUCCUCCUCCGAUGCUGACAACUUUUCCGGCAAAUUCCUCCUCCAGAAGAACUCUAGCCACCGCUGUCACCGCCAACACCUGGCGGCUUCCACCACCGGGAAAUUCUCCUCCCUCCUUCACUCUCUUCUCAAGCUACUCUCAAUUCCCACCUGCAAAUGGCUCCCCAUCCCCACCCACCUCUCCGUCAGCCCCUCUCUCGGCCGAAGAGUCACUGGAACUCUCUUCGGCCGCCGCCGUGGCCAUGUCACCUUCGCCAUCCAACUCGACCCCCGGUCCCAGCCAGUUUUGUUGCUCGAAUUCGCCACGUCAACCUCGUCCCUCAUCAAGGAAAUGUCCUCCGGUCUCGUUCGCAUCGCCCUCGAGUCCGAUUCUCCGACCACCUACGACGGUAAUCGUCCCAUUAGAAAGUUGUUGGAGGAGCCAAGGUGGACGAUGUACUACAACGGGAGGAAGUGUGGACAGGCUAUAUCGCGCACGUGUGGAGAGUUUGAGUGGUACGUGCUGAAUACUGUACAGAGCGUGUCAGUCGGCGCCGGAGUGAUUCCGAUGGUGGACGACGGUCGUAAAGGGAGCGGGUCGGAGGGCGAGUUGCUAUACAUGAGAGCAAAGUUUGAGCGAGUUGUAGGUAGCCGUGACUCGGAAGCUUUUUACAUGAUGAAUCCAGAUGGUAAUGGAGGACCUGAACUCAGUAUCUUUCUACUCCGAAUAUAAAAAUUUCAAUAAAAUUUUUAUUU